CAACACGGACUUGCGCAAGGUAAACGAGCAAGGAGCCGUUAAUAAUCGGGUUCUCGCAUUUUCUCUCCGCGUAUCCUUCUUGCUCAGCGCACGAAGGUAGUAACGGGAGAGAAUAGAUCGAAUAUCUUCGGAUUUCCCGCCCUCCAUCUCGAAUCUGACCUCUAAUAGGGGAAGAUAAAAGGAAGGAUCUUUCACUAUGAAGGCACUAAUUCUUGUCGGUGGAUUUGGCACUCGCUUGCGGCCAUUGACCCUCAGUGUUCCAAAACCACUAGUGGAUUUUGCCAACAAACCCAUGAUCCUUCAUCAGAUUGAAGCUCUGAAGGAGGUAGGGGUAACUGAAGUUGUUUUAGCGAUAAAUUACCAGCCAGAGGUCAUGCUCAACUUUCUCAAGGAAUUUGAAACUAAGAUUGGUAUAACAAUUACCUGCUCUCAGGAGACUGAACCUCUAGGAACAGCUGGCCCUCUUGCUCUUGCAAGAGAUAAGCUAGUGGAUGGCUCUGGUGAGCCUUUCUUUGUCCUCAACAGUGAUGUUAUAAGUGAAUACCCAUUUGCUGAAUUAGUUAAAUUCCAUAAAUCCCAUGGAGGAGAGGCCACAAUUAUGGUAACCAAGGUCGAUGAACCUUCAAAGUAUGGUGUAGUUGUUAUGGAGGAGGAAACUGGAAAAGUAGAGAGAUUUGUUGAAAAGCCAAAAAUAUUUGUUGGAAACAAAAUCAAUGCUGGGAUCUACCUGCUGAACCCCUCAGUCCUCGACCUUAUCGAAUUGCGACCCACCUCAAUAGAGAAGGAGGUUUUCCCUAAAAUUGCUUCUGAUCAAAACCUCUUUGCCAUGGUCUUGCCAGGGUUCUGGAUGGACAUUGGGCAGCCUAAAGACUACAUCACAGGCCUAAGGCUCUACCUUGAUUCCAUUAGGAAGAAAUCGUCGGCCAAACUUGCCGUAGGUUCGCACUUUAUCGGGAAUGUCCUGGUGCAUGAGACUGCUGUGAUUGGAGAAGGUUGCCUGAUUGGUCCCGAUGUCGCGAUCGGACCAGGUUGUGUGGUCGAAUCUGGUGUAAGGCUCUCAAGAUGUACUGUGAUGCGCGGAGCUCGUGUGAAGAAUCAUGCCUGUGUCUCAAGCAGCAUCAUUGGAUGGCAUUCUACAGUGGGGCAGUGGGCAAGGGUUGAGAACAUGACUAUCCUUGGUGAGGAUGUGCAUGUUGGUGAUGAGGUAUACAGCAAUGGAGGGGUUGUCCUCCCACACAAGGAGAUCAAAUCUAGCAUCCUGAAACCUGAGAUUGUUAUGUGAUUUUGAUGUCUUGUUUGAGCAUAUUGAAAGCCAGUUUAUUUCCAUCCCAGCUGUGUGUGUUCAUGUAUGCCAAGCUUGUCAUUAAGCAUCCCAGCUUUGAAAAACAUGUCCGGUUUAGCAUGCAUGUAUAUAAUAACUUUAUCUAUGAACCAUGCGAUCGUGUGAAGCUUGUGAUGUGGUUCACUGUUUCAUUUCUUGUUUCUUCUCUCAAUGAAUAAAGGAAAGCUUUCGUGUUUGCAAA